CAGCGCUCUCUGUUGACGGCGUAUCGAUUUACGGUGCUUUAACAGAUAGUUACAUGCUUUGAUAAAAGAAGUGAAGUUCAUUAUUUUAAACAUUCUCUAAAAUAAAGUAUACUUCAGUAACAUUAAUGUUUGGAUUAUAAUGUUAUAUAAGUACUUUUAUUAUAUAAAAUAUAAUUUUUUCAACAAAUUAUCGAACAAAUGUAUAUUUAUCUUAUGUUAGUAAAUUUUUAUGACGUCACCUACAAUGUCGUGUAGAAAAAAUUAUAUAGUGACAUGUGAAAAAAUGAAUGUGUGCUUUCGAUUUUAUUUUUAUUGAGAAAAUAUGAUUGCUGGAAUUUUUAUUUUUCUAAUUCGUCGACGAUUGUAUACAGUAUGUGUUUUCUCUCAGAAUCGAUUUUGUCGUACGAACGUGAUAAUUUUUUGAUUCUUUCUCCUGUUGUUCUAGUGCAUUAAUCUUGUUUGUUAAUUAUUACAUUUAACCAUGAUACGAGCUAAAACAAUGUUUAAAACAGUAAUAAACAAUGGGAAUCGAUACUACAGAAUUAUAUCGGAAGUUGCGAAUGAGGUUAGGAUUGUAACUUUAUCCUAUACAUCAGUUUCACAGACUUGUACUCCUUUAAGUUACUUUAAAAAUGAAGUGAAGUGUGAUGACGUGUAUUCAAGUAAGACAAAUUUGAAUGAAAGAGAUAUUAAUAUAACUGUAUAUUUGGAUAUAUUCAAAUUCGAUGUUCGAUGAGUUUACAAGUUGCAGCAGGAAAGAUAAACAUCAUGGAAAAUGUUGAGAACAAUUUUUUUACAUAACACGCAGUGUAAUUAUACAGGAUCGUCUGACAGAUGUCGUCAAUCAGCUAUUAGAAUAUUAUGACCAGGCCGUAAGAAGCAAUGAACAUAAUCUAGAUAAUAUAUAGGACAACAUUUUUCCAUAAAAUUUCAAGAUGUUCACAACUUUUGUUCAAACGAUUGAUUUAAAUGUAAAACUGCUGAAGCAGCUGAAACUCUAUAUUGGUUCACAUGUAAGAAUUCUGCGUUAAUCUGUUAUAUCAGUUAUGAAGAUAAUUACCAUAAACCACUAUCGAAGAAUUAAAUAGGAAACAUUAAAUGUAAAUGAAUCAUUCUAUUGCAUUGUAUUGAUAAGAAUAUCAAGAAAUGUGUUUGUCUGAAUCUCAUAUAUCAAAGCUUGGUAUAUAUGAUACUGUCAUUACAUUUAAUGAUGGUAAUGCUAGCAAAUUGAAAGUUGCUCACAAUAGCUGGGAAUGGAAUACGACAGUCAUAACUAAGAUGUGAAGUGACUUUCAAGGCAAUGUUACAAGCUUGAAAAAUUUCUAAGAAGAUGUGAUCUUUGAUAUGCUUGGAAGGUUUAGAAAGAUAUAAAUUUUAUAGUAGCAGAGGAUUUGGUUGCUUUUUCUACUGAAAAGUCGAUUUGGAAGAGUAGAAAUGAUGAAACCGCUGUUAGAAGAGUCUGAUCAAGAAGUGGCCCUUGAUACAACAGUUGGAACAUCAACUAUGGAAUCGUCUGUCGAAAUAAUCGAUAAGCUUACACCUAUUCAAAAGUUUUACGACGAUGAAAGAGUAUUUUUGACUGGCGGAACUGGAUUCAGAAAAUUAUUAAUCGAGAAAUUGUUAAGAGGAUGUCCUGGCAUCAGAUGCAUUUAUAUUUUGAUACGUUCGAAAAAAGGGAAAAAUGUUCUUGAACGCUUGGAUGAACUUAUGGAAGAUUCGUUGUUUUCCAAGUUGAGGAAGGAAGAAACAAAAUUCCGAAAACGAAUAGUCGCAAUCAAGGGGGAUUGUAGCUUACCAAAUCUCGGUAUUUCCAAAAUUGAUAGAGCUACACUCAUACGCGAAGUAUCAAUUGUUUUCAAUGUCGCCGCUACCGUAAGAUUCAAUGAAGCAAUGAAAGCGGCGAUAGCUAUUAACGUCCGAAGUCUAAGGGAUUUGAUAAAGUUGUCCAAAGAAAUGCCGAAUCUGGAGAGUUUCGUUCACGUAUCCACGGCUUAUGCGAACUGCCUUUAUAAAUAGAUCGAGGAAAAGAUUUAUGAUCCACCGAUAGAUGCUGACAAAUUGAUCGAUUUGAUUGACCUUAUGGAAGAAAAAUUACUUAACGAUAUUACACCGCAUUUACUUGGAAGAUGGCCAAAUAGUUAUGUGUAUACGAAAUCACUUGCUGAGAAUGUGGUAAAAAAGCAUGCUGACACGAUACCGAUUGGAAUAUUUCGUCCUGGAAUUGUGAUAUCCACAUAUCGAGAACCUAUUCAAGGAUGGGUAGAUAAUAUGUACGGACCUAUAGGAAUUACAGCAAAUAUUCUAAUGGGAAUAAUGCGAAUUCAUCAUUGCGAUGCAUCGAUGAAAGUGAACUUGGUACCCGGAGAUCUGACGAUUAAUGGAUUAAUUGCUAGUGCCUGGGGCAUUGCUAAUAAUUUAAGAUCCAAUGAAGGUAUUCCCAUUUACAAUUACGUAUCUCAGGAUAAUCCAAUCACUUACGACAGAUUGAAGGAAAUGACGUUAAAGUAUGAACGAUUGAUACCGUCUAAAGAAAUAUUUUGGUACUGUAGUUUUAAGAUGACAAAAUACCGGCUGAUCUAUCUAAUCUAUGUGUACUUUCUACACUUACUACCAGGUUUUAUAAUCGAUGCGAUCGCAUUGUGCGUGGGUAAACAACCGAGGUUACUCGGAAUGUAUAAGAAAAUUCACCAAAUGUCGGACGUUUUUGGUUAUUUUUGUACGAACGAAUGGACGUAUACGAAUGAAAGAUGGAAUGAACUAAUGAAGAAGUUGACACCCGCAGAUCGUGACUUAUUCCUUUGUGAUAUGAAUGAUAUCGUUUGGGAUAUUUAUUUUGCGACAUAUGUUGUAGGAAUAAGAAAAUACAUCUUAAAGGAUCCCAUUGAAACGCUUCCAUAAGCUCGUAUAAAAUGGCGAAGGCUUUACUGGGCCCAUCAAGGAUUCAAACUUUCUAUAGCCUGUAUUUUUUUUGUGAUCAUAUGGGGUAUUUUACUGAGCGUUCCCAGACUAUUUCUAACGCUACCAUCUUCAUGAAGUAAGCAAGAUCGUCAAAGAAAAUGUAGGAGGAAUAAUAAUAAUUUACUCUUUCAUCUUAAUAUAAGUCAAUUAUUUCUUUUAUAAUAAUGAAUCUUUGUUAAACGGUUUGGUGAGAGGUAAUGAUACUUUUGGUACGGGUUAAGGAUAUUUUAGUGAAUUUUUAUCUAUAAAAUUUCGAGCAGGUUUGGUCUUUUUUGCGUCAUUUUGAAGGUUUGGUACUCUUCUACUCCUCUUGAUGGCGGCCAUCUGCCGCAGGUCGCAAAUUGAUGUAAAAAAAAAGAAAUAGAUAUAAAUUUCAAAUGAAUUCUCAAUCUGUGCGAAUGUUGCUAUUGAAAUGUACGUUGUACAAAAUGCACAAAAUAACAAAUGUACGAGACGUGGAUUUAAAAAAUUCUAUGAUUCUCUGAAAAUUCAAAUAUCGUUUUUUUCAAUAGUUUGCUGACUUUCCAAAUAACAAAUCUUUGACAUAAAAAAAUGUAAUUUAAUUAUUUCAAAAAAUUAAUAAAAAUUCAAUACACUUUGAACAUACAUUGGUUUUAAAUCAAUUAUUUAAGUAAUUUUUCUUUUUGUAAUUUUCGUGAUCGGAAUUGAAAAAAAAAAUUGUUAAAAUUUGAAAUGUAAGUUUCUAUGGUAAAUUCUUAUUAAGUAUAUUUAAUAUAUUUAGAAUUGAUAUAAAAUGCCAACCCCGAGAACUGAAUCCUCUUGAAAUUUUGAAUUCUUUUUUCAAUUGCUACUUUUUAUUUCUUUUUUGGCAGUUUUGCUCGUUUUUUUAUAUCCUUUUUGUUGUAUCUGUUUGAGGUGCAAGACCAACACAUCACAGGCCAACUAUAAACACAAUUUAAAUCAAAUAAAUGUUUGUAAAUAGGACUAGGGCCGCCAUUUGUCAGUAGAUGAGAUAUGUAUCUUUAUAUUGCCAGAACAGUUCGCAUUGUGUCAGUCGGUGUAUUUUGAUGGAGUAAUAUUGAAGUUCGUGAAAUUUUGGGCGUGCUACUCCUCCUGAGCACAAUAAAUUUGUUUUGCGUUAAUUUUUGAUUUUCUAUUAUUAAAAAUUUUUAGUCCAUUCAUGCUUUUUACCAUCAUGCGUGAUCCUAUAUAUAAGUAUGAUAGAAGUUAUUUUGUAACCUUAUGUCUCGUUAUAUCUCAAAAUCAAACGCAAUCAAUGAGAAGGAAAAACAAGUUAUUAUACAUUAUUGAAUGAUAUAAUGAAAAUAAAGGAGGAGUCGAAUCUUUUGAUCAGUUAAGUCAUUUAGUCACUGAUAAUAGAAAAAUUAAUCGUUGACCUAUAAGAAUUUUCAUCGGGAUAUUAGAUAUAGUUGCUAUAAAUGCCUGAAUAUUACUGAAAAAUAAAAAUGCUCAUAGAAAUGUCAAAAUUCUAUAAUAAAUAGAAAUAUUAAUAUGUUCAAAUUCUCAAUCUUGUGUGGUAGAACUUUAUAUUAGAGCGUUUCAAUAUGCUAUUUCUUUGAUUUGAUUUAAAAUUAGGAAUUAAGAACAUACUCGGACUUGAUAUUCGGCAAAUGAAUUCUCUCGAAUUAUAGUAUAUGAAAAGCAGCAGCCUUAUGAUUUGUCCACGUUCGAAAGACGGGAAAACUAAAAUUGAAUGUCCCUCAUAUGUCGCUCAAUUUGCCAUAAGCACCACGUUGGGUUAUUCAUCGUUCAGUUCAUCGGUCACGAGUAAACAUUUUAUUAUUUUUUUACUGUAAUUUCGUUUUUUUAUAACUCUUUGUUAGAGAUAAGAGAUUGUAUGUAUGGUAAUUUCAAUUAAAUAAAUAAAUAAAUAAAAAAAAAAAAACUGAAAAUAAUG